AUGCCGGCCACAGAGGAAUCGCAAAACAGGCUGUUCAAGGCGGCAGAGGCGGGGGACGUGCAGGAGUUCCAGGAGGCGGCUGCAGCGAUCGAUGAGGACGUCAGGGAGCUGCAUGCGGACAACGGCGCAAACGUGCUCCACAUUGCGGCGCACGCCGGCCACACAGAGCUCUGCGCAUACCUCCUGGACGAUCUGCACCUCGACGCGGGCGCGGACCCGGAUGCCAAAGACGAGCACGGCCACACGCCCGCCCGCGUGGCAGGCAUGCACGGCCACCGCCAGCUGGUGGAGGCGCUACUGCGGCGAGGCGGCGGCGGCGGCGGCGCAAAUGGCGGCGACGAGGGCGGCGGCGUCCGCCGCCGCCGCCGCCGCCGCCGCCGCCUCGGCGCCUCUGUUGUGCGCAUACCGGAGCCAGAGGUGGCCGAUGAGACGCUGUCAGACAGCUUCAAACGCAAGGGCAACGAGUUCUUUGUGAAGGGGGACUAUGAGGGGGCCGCGCAGCUGUAUGGGCUGGCGCUCAGCCACUGGACCAAGAGCGCCACGGUGUGGAGCAACCGCGCGGCCUGCUACCUGCGGCUGGAGCGGUACGAGAAGGCGCUGCAGGAUGCGCAGAUAGCGCGCACCCUGGAUCCAGCAUACGUCAAGGCGGCACAGCUGCAGCCGGACAACGAGGAGUUCAUCCGGCUGACCAAGGAGGCGAUUGUGGAGGGGCGCAAGGAGUUCCAGGCGCAGCAGGCGGCGCAGCAGCAGCAGCAGCAGCAGGCAGUGCCGGCGGCGGCCGCUGCCGGGGAGCCGUAG